AUGGGAAAUCUAUUACAAAAACCAAUCUAUGCUUUGUCCCAAUUCUUGAUUGUAAUACUAAUGUUUAUUGUUGAGUUAAGGUUAUGUUCUUCCGCAGCGGCACCAGCCAAUUUCAUUUUUGGAGAUUCUCUAGUUGAUGCUGGCAACAACAACUACAUUGCUUCUCUAUCUAAAGCAGAUUUUGCCCCAAAUGGGAUCGAUUUUGGCAUGCCCACAGGCAGAUACACCAACGGCAGAACCAUAGUCGACAUUUUAGGACAAGAAAUAGGUCUUAGUGGCUUCACUCCUCCAUAUUUGGCACCAACUACAGAAGGAGCAGCAAUUUUACAAGGCGUCAACUACGCUUCCGGCGGCGGCGGCAUCUUUAAUCACACUGGCAAAAUCUUCGGUGGGAGACUAAAUUUGGAUGCUCAGCUUGACAAUUUCGCAAACACAAGGCAGGCAAUAAUCUCAACAAUUGGUGAAGAUGCAGCAACAAACCUCUUCCAAAAUGCACUUUUUUCAAUAGCAAUCGGAUCGAACGAUUUCAUCAACAAUUACCUGACGCCAGUUAUCUCAAAAGUUGAACAACAUCUCGUUUCACCUCAAUCAUUCGUGGCAGCCAUGAUUUCAAGAUUCAGAACUCAACUUAUGAGACUUAAAAGCAUGGGUGCAAAAAAUAUUAUCGUGGCAAAUGUGGGGCCAAUUGGGUGCAUCCCAUUUCAGAGAGAGAUGAAUCCAUCUGCAGGAAAUGAAUGUGUUGAUUUCCCCAAUCAACUUGCACAACUGUUCAAUGCCCAACUCAGGAGUCUUGUGCAACAACUUAACACAAAUCUUGAUGGAUCCAACUUUAUUUAUGCAGAUGUCUACCAUAUCGUCCACGAUAUUAUCCGGAAUUAUACGUCAUACGGAUUUGAGAAUUCAAAUUCAGCGUGUUGCCAUAGUAUGGGUAGAUUUGGAGGGCUAAUUCCAUGUGGGCCCACCUCCAAAGUUUGUGAGGAUCGAUCAAAAUACGUUUUUUGGGACCCUUAUCACCCAACUGACGCGGCCAAUUCCAUUAUAGCAAAGCGACUUAUGCACGGCAGCGCUAUCGAUAUUUGGCCUAUGAAUAUUAGGCAGUUACUCAUAAAUUGAAAACGUUCUUAACAUUAUACUCACUAAUGUUCUUUAUUUUUGUUUUUGUUUGUUUGGUCAUCACAGAGGAAAUUAUUUUAUUUUUGCAUAUUGUGCUAACUAGAAAAGAUGGACUAAGCGAUUUAGUUAACUUUCUCCCCUCCUCAUCAACCUUUUAUUUACUUGAAUGGCAUUAGAUCGUUUGUAAUGAGUUUAUUUCAUAGUUAGAAUU